GCUACAUGCAUACCUUGAUAAUUAACGCUUAGCACACCAAGAAAAGGAGGCUCGGACUUUCCCUCUUGUCAUACUCCUGUGUUUAAAAUGCAAGCGCCUCAUUCGAGUCUUGCACAAUGUGCCAGGACGGUUGCAUCCAGUCCGCGACCAGGCGUGCUAGUUGCCGGCCGUGCGCUGUCUGCACGGCGCACGCCAACUGGCAAGGUCGUUCCACAGUCUGUACCCUGGUCUGUACCGUUGGUUCAUCGCGCGUCUGGGGCACACGCACGCGUUCAUGCCGGGCGUGAGGUUUCAAGCACCGACGUGGAGAUUGCGCGGUUGACGGACGCAAUCGUCACCGCGGAGAACAAGCUGGCAGCCUUGUUUGAGCCGGGCAAGCCCAUGCCCCGAGCUGGCAUUGUGGCAGCUGCGCGCCAGGAGGUGUCGGACAUGAAGGCGCAGCUGGCGGCGCUCAUGGGCGGCGCCGCAGCAGCUUCGGCGGGGGUUUCUGACGGAGCCCUCACUGAUGAUGAGCUGGCGGAGAAGGCACGGCAGGCUUUCCUGGAGGUGGAGCGGAUGCUGGGCCAGAAGACCGGCACGUCCAGUCGGCGCGACGAUGCCACAGCCAUUGCGGUUCUGGAGGCGGAGAACGAGCGGCUCCGGGUGGAGGCGACAGCGCUGCUUGUGCGGCAGCAGCAGCUGGAGGAGCUGGUGGCCUCUGUCAUCGCCAAGGGCAAGGCCGCUGCAAGCAACAAUUAGCAAGCCGUCGCCCAGCACCAAACACAAAUUUAAGCGUUGGCACGCAUGCUGAGGUCGGUGCAUUGCAGCCAUCGUAUGGUGUAGUGCUUGGCCGCGCGUGUGUAAAUGGCAAGAGCUGUGGUAAUUACGUAAUGCUCCGCGUUCCUUGAUGCCUGUAUUAUUGUGCGGUAUCCACCAUGGGCGUGUGUUCUGUUCACGGCAAGGUGGAAGGCGGAUGGCCACCUUGCCUCAAUGGCCUUGCAGGCCAAGCGAAGCUGCCCAGUGACCUUCUGGUGGAUGCAAGCCUCGAGGUCACAUCUUAGUGCAGCGCCAACCGCACCUGGCGAGUAGAAUCAGGGGA